GAGGUGUGCCGUUUUCCCGCACUGAGCCUCUCGCCGUCGUCGUCGCUUCUUCUUCUUCCUCUUCGAUGGCGAUCUCGAUGCAGCUCGCGCGCUUCUCUUCCAGCCUAGCCAUCCCCUCCCGCGUCCGAUCUGCGCCGAAGGCGCGCAUGCCGAUCACCGUCCGCUGCAGCGGCGACAACGCGCUCGAGCCGGACUUCGACAAAAAGGCUUUCCGCCAUAACCUCACCCGAAGCGAAAACUACAACCGACGCGGGUUUGGGCACAAGAAGGAGACACUCGAGCUCAUGGACCAGGAGUACACGAGCGAUGUUGUCAAGACGCUGAAGGAGAACAAUAAUGUGUACACUUGGGGCGACGUGACUGUGAAGCUCGCGGAGGCCUAUGGGUUCUGCUGGGGAGUUGAGAGAGCAGUCCAGAUUGCUUACGAGGCGAGGAAGCAAUUUCCAGAAGACAAUAUUUGGAUUACCAACGAAAUCAUCCACAAUCCCACGGUCAACAAGAGAUUGGAAGAAAUGGACGUCAAAAAUAUUCCUGUUGAGGACGGCAAGAAAAAAUUUGAGGUUGUUGACAAGGGUGAUGUUGUGAUUUUACCAGCUUUUGGAGCUGCUAUCGAUGAAAUGUUCCUCUUGAGUGAAAAACAAGUCCAGAUAGUUGAUACUACUUGUCCAUGGGUUUCAAAGGUCUGGAACACUGUUGAGAAGCACAAGAAGGGUGAUUACACUUCAAUCAUACAUGGUAAAUAUUCACAUGAAGAGACUAUUGCAACAGCUUCAUUUGCAGGAAGAUAUAUUGUCGUAAAGAACAUGGCUGAGGCAAUGUAUGUGUGUGAUUACAUUCUUGGUGGGGAAUUAGAUGGGUCUAGCUCAACAAAAGAAGCAUUUCUUGAGAAAUUUAAAUUUGCUGUUUCUGCGGGAUUUGAUCCAGAUGUCGACUUAGUUAAAGUCGGCAUUGCAAAUCAAACUACGAUGCUAAAGGGUGAAACAGAGGACAUAGGUAAAUUAGUUGAGAAAACCAUGAUGCGAAAACACGGUGUAGAAAACCUCAAUGAUCAUUUUGUCAGCUUCAACACCAUAUGUGAUGCUACCCAGGAAAGGCAAGACGCCAUGUUCAAGAUGGUGCAAGAGAAACUUGAUCUCAUCCUCGUCGUCGGCGGUUGGAAUUCCAGCAACACUUCACAUCUCCAAGAAAUUGCAGAGCUCAAGGGAAUCCCAUCUUAUUGGAUUGACAAUGAACAGAGAAUUGGACCAGGAAACAAGAUCACCUACAAGUUAAACCACGGGGAGCUUGUAGAGAAAGAGAAUUUUCUUCCUGCUGGACCAAUAACUAUCGGCGUCACCUCAGGCGCUUCCACUCCUGAUAAGGUCGUGGAGGAAGCAUUGUACAGGGUCUUGGACAUCAAAAGCCGAGAAGCCUUGCAAGUAGCAUAAUUUGACAGGAGUUGGAGCAGAUCCUUUUGAGCUGAAAUAUUACAUUACAUGUACAGUAGUAGAGCCAAGGCUUUGCUCUCUAUUAUGUGCGGGAAAAGCUGUAGUCGAUAAUCUAUGCUGCUAUUGUGUUUGUGCCUUUAAUCUAUGUGUGCGGUUCGAGUCGUCGUUCAUACCGCCGAGCCCUCUCACUUAUUUUGCUCCUUUAUUCAAACAAAAAUGACAUUCAAGCUGUGAUAUGUAUCUGAAUUCCAGCAACAUCCUUAUUGCUAUCUUAGUCUU